AUGGCUUCCAAGCACGAUAAUAUCGUGGCUCCGGCCUUGACAAACCAGUGCAACAAGUGUGGGAGCAAGUUCCCGACCAAGGAGCGUUUGGACCAGCAUCAGAAAGCCAAAGGCCACUCUGCAUGCCCUAACUGUGGUGCAUCCUUCUAUGCCAAGCAACCGGUGCACACCCAUGGCCCCCAGUUGCAAGAUCUCAUCUGCCCCGGCUGUGACGCCAAGUUCGCCAGCGGCGCUGACUGGAUGGUUCAUGUAGAGAACGGUGCCUGUCCUCGCGUCUUCCCUUCCGAUUUGGCCGGGGGACUGGACAAGGUAUUGAAGAUGAAAGAAGAGUCCAUUAGCAAGCUAAAGGCCGGCGAAUAUGAGAUACUCAACGAGAAUACCCCCUCCCACAUCAAAAAUGUCUGGGGUGAUGAAUGGGCCGAUGAGAAGAGUCCGACGUUUGAUGUGCAGGGACAUCAGAACGACUUCCCUCGAACUGCCAUGCAGAAAUUCCGCCACGGAGACAUCGCACAGCAGGACUUUCUGACCGGGGAUGGCAUCGAUAACCUUGCCCAGGACCAGGACAAUGCAUGGGGCCAGCAAAAGAAGUUGUUUGCGACAGAGGCAUACAAGGAGGCAUAUAAGACCGUACCACCUCCUGCUGAAGACUUGGCCCAGCCAGCAUCUGCUUCCAAUCCUACAACAGGACGUAUCAUCGAUCCCAACCAUCCCUCUUUCAAUGCGGCCCUCUUCGUCGAUCCCAUUCUCGACACUUAUAAGUGUCCCCACAACAGUUGCAAGUCCAAGUUCAAGACCAGCACCGGACUGAUCUCUCACUUGAAAUCUCCCGCCCACUAUGAUAUCAAGUUUAACUGCCCUGGUUGCCGAGCCCCAUUCGUCUCUCAGAGUGCUUGGAUUAGACACGCCGAAACGAUCGGCGAGGCCAGAUGCCGUAUUCGGAAGCUGCAUAGCUACGGCCUCAUGAUACAACAGAUAACCAAUGGCGCUCUGGUUAUCGACCCGGCCAGCCAGCUGCUCAAUGGUGUGGCAAAACUCAAGUUUGACGAGGAGUGGGCCAAGUCGAAGCGACCUUCUAAGCUUCACACCGUGCCGGGAACGGACGGACGAAAGAGCGCUUAUUACACGGACAAAGACGAGGAGGCCACCAAAAAGCCAUCGCGCCGUCGUCGCCGAGGAAAGGGACGCGGUGAAAACCGCCCGGAUGACAGCCAGGCGGGAAGCUCACCCCAGCAGGAGUCCUCCUCCUAAACGCCGGGCACCCAUUUAUGCAUUGGGCAACAUUUACUUGACGGCGGACGCAACUGGCCCCGUGCCUUCAGAUCGUUUAAUCCUGGAGAUAUUCAAUGAUACGGCGGUCGUGUUCGAGAGGACUGCAAGUGGUGCUUCGAGCACCUGGUGUUCUCUGAAGAUGCUCUCUCCGCCGGGAUUGUAAAUAGAAGAUACUUCAGUGUCUACGUAGGAAACAGUCUAGUAGGCAGAAGAUUCGACACACCUUGCUAUAGGAAAUCCCAGAAAAGUUUCACAACGAUCGACAUGGUGUGUAAGAUCCGCAGCGGACAACUUCUAAUGCUUUCGAAUCGCGUCUCUCCAGCCGAUAAGGGCGGAGCCGCGAAGGGGAAAAGAAAAAGAAAAUCCGCGAGGGGGCGCAGGUAAGCAUUUCAUUUUCGUGCACCUGUACAUGCACACCUAUGGAGACGAGC